AUGUCUUGGUCUCAACCGGGUGGGUUCAACCCCAAUGCUAAUGCCUACAAUCCACAGGGUCAGCAGGGAGCUUACUACCCUCCCCAGCAACCGCGACAGCAGGAUGGAGGUUUCGGUGGACAACAAGGCGGUUAUUACCCUCCCUAUCAACAACAAGGUGGCGGCUACGCUGGGCAACAGGGCGGUUAUUACCCUCCUUAUCAGCAACAAGGUGGUGGUUACGCUGGGCAACAGGGCGGUUAUUACCCUUCUUAUCAACAACAAGGAGGUGGUUACGGAGGUCAACAGGGUGGCUAUUAUCCUUCACAGCAACAACGGGGAGGUGGUGGUUAUGCAGGACAACAAGGAGGUGGUUACGGAGGUCAACAAGGAAGAAACUAUUCAACUCAACAACAACAACAAGGUGGUGGACGAGACGGUGUCUCUGUAACUCAACCUACUGGUAACUUUGGAGCUACCACUGCCCCUUCAGCACAACAAGAACAACCAAAAACUUCUGCAGUUGAUUCGUCUAAGCUAUCUCUUGGUGGUGGCAAUGGAGAACCUGUUGCUGUACCAAAGAAGACGAAAGCUGGAACUCUUUCCAUUGGGAAGAAAAAGGUUGAAGAAACCAAACAGAAGAAUGAGGACGCUAAAGUUGAAGAAACUAAAAAAGAAACUGGAACUUCAGCAGAAACUACAGAUAAAAAGGAUGUUGCUUGUGCACGUUCUAAGAUGACCCCAGAGGAACUUCGGGAAAGUGUACGUCGUGAAAUAGCGAAGCAGCGAGAACAAAAUAAAAAAGUAUUCGUUCGGGAUCCACGUCAACAUUUUAAUAUUGUUUUUUGUGGUCACGUGGAUGCUGGUAAAUCUACUAUUUCCGGACAUUUAUUAAUGGAAAAAGGACUAGUGGACCAACGAGAAAUGGAUAAAUUACGCCGUGAAGCUGAAGUUUACCACCGCGAAGGAUGGGAGUAUGCAUAUGUUAUGGAUGUUUCAGAGGAUGAGCGAACAAAGGGUAUUACUCGUGAAACUGGUGCAGCUUACGUUGAAACUGAAAAUCGACGUUUGACAAUUCUUGACGCUCCUGGACACAAGGCUUUUGUACCUUCAAUGAUUGGUGGAGCAACUCAAGCUGAUGUCUGUGUGCUUGUCAUUUCCAGUCGAACUGGUGAGUUUGAGACAGGGUUUGAAAGAGGUGGACAAACGCGAGAACAUGCUAUGUUGGUACGCACAUGUGGUGUAAAACAGAUGAUUUGCGUUAUUAAUAAGAUGGAUGAAGUUGGAUGGAGCAAGGAUCGUUAUGACGAGAUUGUCGGUAAAUUGAAACCAUUCCUUCGACAAAAUGGUUACGAUGAAGAAAAGGCGAAAAAUCUUAUUUUUAUUCCAAUUGCUGGUCUCAGUGGUGAAAACCUUAUUAAGAGGACUGAAGGUGUUUGUCCUUGGUACAAUGGACCCACAAUGAUGGGAUUUAUCGAUAAUCUCGUGUUACCAGAAUCAAAAAGUGAAGAUGAUAUUCUUUGUAUCCCUCUGGUUGGUGCAUACAAAGACGAGGGUCGUGUAUAUAUUUAUGGUAAGGUUGAGUCUGGCUCUAUUGCUGUGGGAGAAAAAAUUCAGAUUCUCCCUUCCAAAAUUGAAGCUAUUGUCGAAGGUAUAUCCAUCGAAUCUACAGAAUUUGAGAAGUGCUAUCCUGGUGAUAAUGUGCACCUUCGUGUGCGUGGCGUAGAUGAGAAUGAUAUACAUGCUGGUUACGUUGCCACCUCAAUUCCAACAUCUCUCCGUGCAGUUGAGUAUUUCCAAGCUCGUGUGGUGAUACUUGAUGUGAAGAACAUUAUUUGUGCUGGUUCACGUGUUAUGCUGCACGCCCAUGCUGCACAGGAGGAAGCCUCUUUUCAUAAAUUGCUUGCGAAGGUAGAUAAGAAGACAGGCGAAGUGGUGCAGAAGGAGCCUACACAUGUUAAGGCAGGAGAUGUGGUGAUUGCCCGCAUGGAGUUGGACCGUUCUCUGGUGUUGGAAGCACACAAGGACUUCGAUAAGAUGGGACGCUUCAUGUUGCGUGAAGAUGGCAAGACAAUUGCUAUUGGUCUUGUUACAAAGCUCUACGAGUCGACCAAAGAAUCACUUGCAAAGUCCGGCAAGGCAUAA